GUUCCGCUUAAACAUGGCGUCCGCGGUUCUGAAGGUUGCUGUUUCCAGUCUAUCCAGAUGUGCUCCGCUCAUUUUCCUGCGAGCACAUUCGACCACAGCAUCCCUUCAUCAGAACACCCCAAGGUCGCUGUGGAACCUGGGCAAGCUCAACCAUAUCGCCAUUGCCGUGCCAGACAUGGACAAGGCCACCGCUUUGUAUCGGGAUGUCCUGGGGGCCACAGUAAGUGAACGGGUGCCUCUGCCCGAGCAUGGUGUCUACACCGUGUUCGUGGAGCUCGGCAACACCAAGCUGGAGCUUCUCCAUCCUCUCGGGGAGAAGAGCCCCAUUGCUGGAUUUUUACAGAAGAACAAGGCGGGUGGAAUGCACCACAUUUGCAUCGAGGUUGACGACAUCAGUGCUGCGAUCAAAGACCUGAAAGCCAGGAACAUCCGAACUCUGUCAGCAGAGCCGCGAAUAGGAGCUCAUGGAAAACCGGUGAUGUUUCUUCAUCCCAAAGACUGUGACGGCGUGCUGGUAGAGUUGGAGGAGGCAUGAAGCAGAUGAAAGUACUUGCUUUUUUAAUAUAUUGUUUUGGCAGUUUUCCAUAGAGUUAUGAAUUAAGUCAUUUUUGUGUGCCAAUCAAGUCCGCCCUGGCCUAGAGUUAGGGAUGUCAGGCUCACAGUCUGGAGAUUCGAAUCUUAGCCUGUGUGGUGAAUACCCAUUAACCACGAGAGCAGUGCUUUUUAAUAAUUUUUUGUCAUGCUCGCCGCCCUAGGGGACAUCAUUUUCUUCACGCCCCCCUUAAAUUGAAAUAAAAUUCACAACCUGUAUCAGUUGCUGGCACCAGCACCGACAUGCCACCCAGCUGAAUACAUGUCUGACACCUUCUCAUGCCUUUCCCACUAUAUAAGAAGUACUGGUCUAUUGAUUUUAACUUUUUAAAGGAUGUGUGUAUUUUAUGUAUGCAAGCCAAGGGCCAGAUCAGGUCCGCGAACAGGUUUUAUUCGGCCCGCGGGAUGAGUUUGCUAAGUAUAAAAAUGAACCUGAAAUGUUUCGAUGAAAGAAACAGCUGUUCUAAAUGUGUCCACUGGAUGUCGCAAUAGCAAUUCUUUGUAUCUUUGUAGAUGAUGCUACAUAUGUACAAAAUAAACCACGUUAGUACAUCAGUCGAGGAAAAAGAUUCAACUACAUAAAUAACAUCCUGUAAUUUGAUUUUGAUAUAUUUUUUUUAUCUUGAUUGAAAAUCAACACCAAUGAACAUUAUCACAUAAUUUAUUCAGAAAAUAUAAUUAACGACAAAAAAAGAUGAAAUACUAUUAACCGCAACAUGUAAGUGUAAAAAACACAACAACAUGAUUUGUACAUUUUCAGAAUGUGCUUGUUUUAUUUUUAAACAAAGAAAACAAUCUGAAGUUGUUUUUUUUAAGUAAUCGUGUCGUGAUUUUACCAGUCCGGCUCCCUUGGGAGUAGAUUUUUCUCCAUGUGGACCCCGAUCUAAAAUGAGUUUGACACCCCCGUUUUAGCGCAACCAAUAUACUUGGUCAUAUUUCCUGUUUGAGCCUGUUGAAUAACUUGAGCAGUGCUGCCACCCAGCUGGAGGCUUUUGUAUCGUUCAAAAAAGAAGAAAAAGACGCCAAUACUGGAAGUCUCUUAAGUCUCAAGUGUUUAUAAGUGGUUUAUUUGGAAGUUCCCAUGUUGCUUGAAAGGUAAUUUCCCUCAAAAAAUUUGAUUCUUAAAGACAAUAUCUCUAAAACUUGCUACCCAAGACUGUACAGUUAUUGGAUGAAUUAAGUAAAUAAGUCAAACAAUGUGAUCCAGUAUAAGAAACUGUUUCAACCCACAAAGAAAAAAGAAUCCUGAUAAACAUCUUGACCCUUGUUGAUAAAUGAGAUAUUAUAUAUCAUAUAUUAAGCAAACUAUGUGAACCACAAUUUAUGGAUAAUCUAUUCCUGGUAACUUUUGAUGUGUUACAGAUUGAGACAUGAAGUGAACAAAUGUGUUCGAAAUAGCACAGGGAUCGAAUUAAAUAUCUGCUUCUUUUGUCUCCUUUUUGGAUAGUUGGAAUGCAAAUGUGAGAUCUACACACUAACUGUAUGCAUGUUCAAAAUAAAUACAAAUAAUUUCCCUUAAAUCUGUCUGAAUCCUGGCAAUUUUGACCAGCACAAUACACUGACUAAAAAUGAGAAUGCAACAAUUAUUUUUGCUCCCAUUUUAUGAGCUAAAUUUCAAAUGUACACAAAAGGCCUAUUUCUCUCCAAUAGCCUUUUGUUGACAAAUCGAAAUCUGCGAGAGAAUCGGUUUCCUUUUGCAUUAUAUGGAUGUGCUAAUCUGAUUUUUAAAAAGUCAAGAUCUGAUUAAGGAAGUGGUUCUCAAGCUUAUUUCACCAAGUACAACCUUGGAAAACUCUUCUUGGUCAAGUACCCCCAUAACGACCAACAUUAACAUAUAGUAGCGUAGUAGGCCUAAAUAUUCAGGUUUUAUUUAACAAGUACCGUAUACAACAUUUUUUUGGCCACUAUAAGGUUACACACAGUUUGAACAGUAACACUUUGAAAAUAGGAAAAUAAAAAACUAAAUCACUACAGUGAUUAUUUUGGUGUACCACUAGAUGGAGCCAGUGUAUCACAGUUCAAGAAUCACUGGAUAUUUGAGUGCAUGUAAACAUACUGAAUACUGUAGACUACUUCUCCUUUGCUGAGUUAAUCCACUUCACAGGUGUGGCAUCUGUGUUAGUAGUCCACAGUACAUAUGCCCAUGAGGGUAUUCCACGGUCACAAUGUUCGACAUCAGCAAACCAGUAACCCACACGAUAUCAUUACCGGCUGCCAUAUAGUGGUCACCUCCCAGCCCCACAGUAAAACUAUAUUUUGUAAUGACAUAUUGCAGUGGUCAGCGUAAGGCACACCUGUGUCUAAAUCAGCACUUUGAUAUAACACACCUGGUGGAUGGACAAA